AACAACAAAAGUGAUUUUUCCACCGACACCCGAGACGAACCCCACAAAUCCGGAAUCCACGAUCAAAAAUCCGCUAACGAUGGCCUUCUUCAUGCUGCCGAACGUGGUGGAAUACGCGUGCGUGUGCGGCCUGCUCAGCCCGCUGACGAAGCUGUACUUUUGCCGCUACUGUCUGAAAAUCCGGUGCGGAUUCUGCGUCUGUCAUGAGGUCGAUUCCCACUUUUGCUGCAACUGUCUGGAGAACAUUCCGUCGUCGGAGGCGAAGAUACGGAAGAAUCGGUGCAAUACUUGUUUCAACUGUCCGAGUUGUCAGCACACGCUGUCGGUGAGGGCGUCCAGCAGUACGGUUGUUCCGGCGGCGGCACCAGCCGCUGCUGCUGGGGAGGAGGGGAAGAAAGAGGAGCCGCCUGCGGCGGCGGUGGCGAAGCAGAUUACGCGGAAGAUGUACUAUUUGGCGUGUUUGAAUUGUCGGUGGAGUUCGCGGGACGUCGGGAUUCCGGAUCAAUCGGUGGCGACGGGGCAGUGGCCGGAGCCGGAGUACGCGAAUGCGACCCGGUUCGGGCUGCUGCUGGAGCACUACCAGUCGGUGGUGUUGCAUGAAAAGCAGGAGAAGCAGGAGUUGUGGCGUCGGAAGACGCCGAAGACGAGCAAGUUUCCGAGCUUGACGGAUCGAACGGGGUUGACGGUGUCGAUGAUUCGACGGCAGAUGGGUUGGACCGAUAGUAAGGCGCAGAUUAAGGCGACGCCGUCGUCGAUCAACCGGUCGGUGGCGAGUGAAGCCGUUGAUGAGCUUCCGGAGGAUUUGCUAACGAAGCCGAUUCAGCUGAAGAACAUUACGACCGGCAGCAUGGCCGCCAAGCAACCGUUCACGGUGAACAAGCUCUACCCGCAGCACAAGCUGCUCUCGAUCAAGCGUUCGCUGCGGUGCCGCCAGUGCGACCACAACGUGACCAAGUCCGAGUACAACCCGAGCUCGAUCAAGUACCGCAUUGCGAUGUUCGCCGCGUACCACGUUCCGGAGGUGCGCUUCAUCCGGUGCGAGCCGCUCAAGCUCAACCAGGAGGCCAUCCUGCUGCUGAAGCUGAUCAAUCCAACCAUCAACGACAUGACCAUCACGAUCAUGGAGCUGCCAACCGACGAGGAGGAACGUCUCAUGAUCGAAGAGCUCAAACUGUCCGCGGAGGCGACCAUCUCGUCGUCGACGUCCUCGUCGCUGAUGCUGUCGGCCGCCGGGUUGACCUCGGGCACGAGCAGUUUGGCCUCGAAGCAGGCGGCAUUGUUGGAAGAUCCGCGCAUGGUGCAGCAGCGCGUCAACGGAACGUUCAAGCUGCCCGAUUCGAGCUUCGUGCUGCACCACCGGGACGAUUCGGCCGAGUUUGACGAGGUGGUGGCGUCGCAGCAGGAGGAUCCGAAAUUCAUCGUUUGGCGCAAGGCGAACCAAAUCUCGAUGAAGCUGGCGGUGCAACCGGCACCGGACUGCAAACCCGGCGACGAGGUCGUCAUCGGUUUCUCGCUGCAGUACACGUACGUGAGCACGGCCAUGGACAAGAAUGUGACGGCGGCUUCCACGACCGCCGGAGGAACUCCCGGAAGUGGCAGCUCGGGGGCGGCCUCCGCCGCCGCCACCACAACUCCCGGAAGCACAAGCACCCCGACCAAGGGCGGACCGCAGAAGCACGCACUGACCACCCGGGUCUAUCUGAAGCUGGGCCGGAUUGCCGCCGUGCCGGAAGUUGCCGCUUGAGCGAUUUGAGAUCGAUGUUUAAUUUAUUAUUUAAUCUCAUGAAAUGUGUUAUCCAAUUGUAAUUCGCUUCUGCUUAACCAUACUCACACACACACGAUUAUGCGCAAUAAAACACAAAUAAUAAUCACACUUGA